GUAUUUUUUUAUAUUUAUAUUUAUAUGAUCCAUCCAACCUGAUCUAAUGGCACUAAUGCCAAUGCAAGCUCAUCAUACAAAUUAAUUUUUCAAAUGACUCUGAUUUUGACGUUUUAUCAGCUAAUUUAACUUUAAACAUAUAUUAUUAAGCGUAAAUCUAGUUUUAAUUUAACACAUUUUAUUUUCAGACUUCACUCGGUGUGUCACUUACAAAACAAAAACUGACAGUUUAAACUGUUUUUAAAAAAAUGUGCGUUGAACAUGUCAUGGAUUUUUUAAAAUAUUUAAAUUUUGAUAUAAAUGAAUAAUGAUUUAAUUAUAGAUUAAUUAAAUUGUUCACCGUGUCUAACUCUACAAACUCAUUACUGAUCAUUACUCUGAAGUACUCGCUUAAAUUCAAGUUAAAGUUAAAGCCACUUUCGGUUUUUAGUUUUUAUUUUAUAAUUUUAAUAUUUUACUUUUUAAUGGUGACAAAUAUUGAACUAUCAGUUCAAUAUGUGAAAGAAAUUUUAAAUAUGUCAUGUUAAUAAUGUUAUGAUAUAUCAUAUGGUACUGCCUUUAGCCUUUGGCCUUUGGUCAAUUUACUCAUUCCGUGCCACUUUGGCUAGUACAACUAUAGAUUUUAGUCUAUAGACUAAGUUAACUAAGUAAUAAUAGUCCUAGUCCUAGUUAGUAUUUCUAAUCAAUUAUAUAUAAUUCUAUAAUUUUAUUUCACCCUACAAUAAAUAAUAAUAUUGAACCUGUAUGGUGGGCUACAACUUAGAAUCCAAGACCAGAGAGCUUGGCCUGAGUAAAAGAAACUAGGCCUACACGGUUUAUGCCUACCAUUGCCAUUACCGACCAGUCCCAGUGAACAGUCUCAGACUGACUCAGACUUGAGACUUUGAGCUCAUUAGCUCAUUAAUAACUUGACUUAGUCAUAAGAAGGCCUAAUAUUUUGAUAAAUUUGUUUAGGCUCAGCAAGAGAAAAAAUCUUGUCUUUUUUUUUAACAAGCAAUUAUUUUAUAAUUAUUAAUAAUUAUAUAUACAAUUUUCCCUCAUUCAGUCAUAGACCUGUCAUAACUAUGCAAGCCUAGCCCUAUCCAAGAACUUAGAAGUUCUAGGCUAAUGAAUAAAAUGUUUAAAGCAGUUUGGCAUUUUGUUAAAACUUCAAGGAAUCAAUCAGUUCUUCUUUUAAGGUGUCUAUUUAUUUAUUUAUUUCUUAUAAUUUUUUUAAAAUGCAUAAUUGCAACAUAAUGAAAUAAGUAAUAAGUGUCAAACUAUACAUGCAUGAUAAACACUAUCUUAUUAUGUAUUUUUAAGUAAUAUUACCUACUAAUACUAGGUUUUAUUUAUGUAAGUUUCAGUCUGGGUAAACAAUUUUGAACCCCAUUCAUUAUUAAAUAUACAGUCUUAUUUCUUGAAAUUGUUUGAUAAUUGUGUAAUCUUUGAAACAUUUUUCCAAAGACAAAGAAAUUGAAACAAAAAUUUAGCAUCUAUAAUUGAGGGUAUAAAUUAGGCCUACUUCAUCCUAGCCAAGGCCUACUUCCUACUAUCUAAGGCCUACUUCCUCCUAUCCAAGGCCUACUUCCUACUAUCCAAGGCCUACUUCCUACUAUCCAAGGCCUACUUCCUACUAUCCACUUAAAGUAAAGGAAAGAUUAGUUUUAGUGAUGUUUUUAUUUAACUUACUCUUCAAAGGGUCACAUCGAUUAAGUUACAAAUAUAAAUAUGCAUUAUAUUAUUUAAGACUUUUCAGUUGUACGCUGGGCCAGUUAUUUGUAAUAUUAUGUUGGAAAAAUAUUCAGAAAUGAAUUAAUGUGUCCUAUAAAAAAUUAAUGUACUUCAUUGUAAUAAAUGUUUAAUUUUUAAAUAGUAAUUUUUUAUUAUUUAUUGUCACCUUUAAUCCAAAAAAUAUUUUAAUUUUUAAUUAUUUAAGAUGUAAGGGUUUGUGAAUUAAAUGUAUGCAAACUUUUUUUCAAAUAUGUAUUACAUAUUUCUAAUAUCUAGCUUAUCUUCUUGCCAGACUUAUUAGAAAUAUGUCAUCUAGCACACAGAAACCAGCAGUUACCAACAGACUGGCACUUGAAAAAUCACCCUACCUUUUACAACAUGCUCAUAAUCCUGUCAACUGGUAAAUGUCUAAGGAAAUAAGGUGUGGGAAAAACUGAGAAAAGGAUGCAAGAAAACAACAAACUUGUUGGCAAGAAGCCUUCUUCAGCAAACAAACAAGAGUAAUGAAAAUAUAAAAAUAAAAAAUUAGCAGCAAUGUAGCAUCUGAGAGAACAGCAAGAGAUAUUUGGUCAACCUUUUUGUUGCGUUCUGAUUAAAGAUUUUCCCAUACAUUGUUUCACAUAUUUCCGUCUACUAACCUGAUUGAAGUCUCUCACCACAUACACUUAUAUAUGUGUAUAAGCUUCGUUCUAUGUUUGUAAAAUGUUAGUGUGAGAAUUAUUUUAAUUUGUGCAAGAAAGUUUUAUUGAUAAGUGUUUUUGGAGGUUUCAUCUAUAAAUUUAAUGCAGCAAUUCUUGAAGUCGCAUCUAUGAUGCUAUUUAGGUGUAAAAAAAAAAUUAACUUUUGAAAUUUAAAAAUAUUUUACAGUAAUUGAAAUUCAUCUAUUCAUUUUUAAAAAGGUUUUAUAUAAAUCUCCCAUUUAAAUUGAUAGGUAUCCAUGGGGAGAGGAGGCCUUUGCUAAAGCAAGGACAGAGAACAAGCCCAUCUUUUUGUCUGUGGGCUACUCCACUUGUCAUUGGUGUCAUGUCAUGGAGCGAGAGUCUUUUGAAAAUCCUGAUGUUGGUGAAAUGCUCAAUGAAAACUUUGUGAGUAUCAAAGUGGACAGAGAGGAGCGUCCAGAUGUAGACAAGGUGUACAUGACUUUUGUACAGGUAUUAUACCUCAUUUCUUUACUUAAUAUUUUAUACAUUUGAUUCCUAGUUUCUUCAUACCAGUAUAUCAUUAUAGAAAAACAGAUUAUGUAAAAAGUGUAUAAGUGAACAACGUUUAAAUUAAGUGUAAGACAUAAAUUUUGCUUAACAGUUGGCUUUUGACUAUAAAUUUACUAAUUCUGGUUCUGGAUGAGUUAUACAAUUUGUAAAAAAUGACUCAAAUGUAAUAAAUGCAAGCUCUGAACUGAAAAUGCAGCAAAAGCUUGAUAAAUUUUCUAAGGCCUGUGACAAUUACGUCCUUGCAGACUUCCCAAACAAGUAACAAUAGUCCGAAGUUUCUGUGAACUCUGCAGAUCAAAAAGCUCAGCUGGUGGGCAGAAAAAAAACAUUUCAGGACUGUCUUAAAGCUACACUCAAAUCCAUGGACAUAGACCUUGAUUCGUGGGAAACAUUUGCUAUGGAUCGUACAAGCUGGCAUGGCAGACUCACUGUUGGAGCACAAUCCUCAGAAAAUAAGAGUGCCGCUCAUGCCCAAAUAAAGCGCACGGCAAGGAAAAGCAGGAUCAACUUAAAUCCAACUAGGACCCAAAACAGUGUAUGUCCCAAGUUUAUGGAAAGCUUUUCCAGUCACAAAUAGAACUGGCAGGCCACCUGCAUACUCACUUUUGAAUAUAGCCUUGGUCAUCUUCAUGUGCGAGGGACAAACAACAUUACAAGAUAAUAUGAAAAUUAUUUUAUACCAAAUAUAUUAGCAACAGUAAAGUUUUCAUUACCGCGUACAUUUUUAAAAAUUAUAGGCAACCACUGGCAGUGGCGGAUGGCCCAUGAGUGUUUGGCUAACACCAGAUUUGAAACCUAUAUUUGGUGGAACCUACUUUCCUCCCGAUGACAGGUACUAUAACAGGCCUGGAUUCAAGACUAUUUUAACCCUUAUCUCUCAUCAGGUAUUUCAACAUUGCCACCCAAAGUUUCUAAUAAUUUAUUUAACACUUUUUAUGGAAUUCAAUUACCUUCAUUAUUUAAGAUCUCUCACACCUGGAUUUAAUGUAAAAAAAAUAGAGUACACUUAGCAUACAGAUUUAUAAAUGCUUAAUAAAUCCACUAAAACAGAGCUUUGGUGCAAUUCCAUAAACUUAAAGCUUGAAUUGUAAAUAUAAGUAACUAAUUUUUGCCUUGUUACAAGUAAUUAAUAAGUAAAAAUAGAUUUACUCUUCAAGUAAUUCAUACAAUUUUAAAAAUUGCAAUACAGUGGCAAGAGAAAAGAUCAGAAAUUGAAAGCCAGGGCACCAAAAUUCUUGAUGUUAUGAUGAGACAACUCAAUGUGUCAGACCAAAGCAGUCCUGGAGUGCCAGCAAUGAAAGCCAGCACCAAGUGUUACAAAAUGUUAGAAAAACGUUUUGAUCAGGAAGAAGGAGGAUUUGGAUCAGCUCCUAAGUUUCCCCAGCCAGGUUUGAGCUUAUUAAACAAUACCAUCGGCCUUAAAAUAAAUUAUUAUACGAUAAUAUAACAGAUGUAUAUUUUGAAGCUAAUGGAUUUGUUUAUUUUCAAAAUCCAGCCAUAAGAAACCUGACGAUAGUUUAAUUAGACCAUGGUAAUUUUGAGGGGUAAUUAUGCCAAAGUUUGUGAUAUAAUGCCUGAAAUUUUACCAAAUAUUUUACUACUUUUAUUAAAAGAUUUAUUAAAGAAAUGAGUUGAAACUUUGUUUCCUUUAAUUGUACUGGAGUCAUCAGACAUGAUCAAUAAAUAAUUAAAUUUUGUUUUUCUUGUAGUAAAUUUCAACCUGCUAUUUCGCAUCUUUAACUCUGACCCUAGUAGUGAGAUGGGGGCCCAUGCUUUGCACAUGUGUCUGUUUACUCUAACAAAAAUGGCCAGUGGUGGAAUACAUGAUCACAUAUCACAGGUGAGCCAUCAAGUUCAGUGGUGACCAUUUUGUUACAUCAACAUUUAUCUAUAGACAUUUUUUAUUUUCAUAUUCACCCAAAUGUCCUUGAUGACCUGCUGAGUGAACUUGGCAUCUCCUUAAAGUUAAUUCAUGUCAGAUGGUUCGAUGGAGUCAGUAGACCCAUCCACACAAUGCGUGAGAUGGUUCGAUGGAGUCAGUAGACCCGUCCACACAAUGUGUCAGAUGGUUUGAUGGAGUCAGUAGACCCGUCCGCACAACGCAUCAGAUUGUUAUUUGAGGUGCUAACCACUAACUUACUUCUUGACUGCUCAAAUAUUCAAUGCCUGGGAUGGGCUUGGUGAAGUGAUAACAGUUUGUUAGGUCUGCUUAAAUGUAGGAUUGUUAUGACUCAACUUGUUCAUUAAUCUUGUUGACUUCUUUACUACCACACUAAAGCCACAUUCCAUCAAAUGGAAAUAGUGGAAAUGCAACGAUGAGCUUCUUAUCCAGUUUCCAGAGUGCAGGAUAAAGUCAUGAAAUUAAGUUCCUUCAUUAGCCCAAACCUCUUGAUGCAAUUUUUUAAUACUUUUGCUUUAGCUCAAUACCAUUUUUAGGCUGAAUAACCUCCUCCUCCGCAGAACCAACUGUCACAGUAUAUGAAAAUGGAUUUAUCACUCAAUCUGCAAAUAAUUAUAGCUUUGAUGUUUGUAGCAUUUUCAAAUGGUUUUAAAAUACUUGCAGAUUAUCACCUUCUAACCCCCUUUCAUGUCUUGCUCUGACAGGCUUGUAAAUUGGCAAAUAUUGCCCUUGAAUAUUAAAUAUGCAGUUUAAACUGGCUGUUGAAUUUUUCUAAACAGGGUUUCCAUCGUUACUCAACAGACAGGAUUUGGCAUGUUCCCCAUUUUGAGAAAAUGUUGUAUGAUCAAGGGCAGCUGGCUGUUUCAUAUGUUGAUGCCUACCAGGUACGUAUGUGGCCUGUGAAUCAGAUGAAUGCCUACUAGCGGUGUCACAACAACUGAGAGAUACAAAGUUACAACAUUGUUAGAGCCAGUAGCUAUGAGUAUGAGAUGGUCGACCUUGAACCUCUUAAAAGUCAAGUGUACUUUUGUCCAAAUGCACAGCCUAGUUUUGCAUGGAUGUAAUUGUUACUGGAUGUAAUUGCACCCUGUCCUGGAAUCAUGUGACAUGCAAACAUAUUUCACCAAGAGAAUGCACAUGUACGAUAUAUGUUUUGUUUUGUAGCGGUUUUAGACAAACAAGUUUAUACUGUUCCCAGAUCCUCCGAUUUUAUCCGCAGAUCAUCCUCUUUAAUCCCCAGAUUUGGCCAUAUGUAACUUCAUUAAUAAAGGGGGAUCAGCAAUGACAAUAACACUAGCACCUUUGUGUAUAAAAAUAGUUCAAAGAUGGGAAAUUGCAGGUUACCCAGCACUAAAAAUACUUUCAGCCAAAUAGUUUCAUAUCUGUAUAGCUUAUACCUUUUAGUUUAAUAUAAUUUUAAUCUAUAUUGACUAUAUUGUGUUCUUCAUGGAAUUACUUUUGUUUUAGAUAACAAAGGACACGCUUUUUGCAGAUAUUGCCACAGAUAUAUUCACAUAUGUCAGCAGAGAUUUAAGUCAUCCAGUAAGUGCAACUUUGUAAAAAAUUUACUCUUUCCAAUCCUCCUAUAAUGAUGAUUAGUAAGAAUUUUAUUAAUUCCAGACUUUUUCCAAUGACAACAUGGAAUUUUUGCCAUAUUUGGACCCCUCCAUCUUUACGUUUUAUUGUUAAAACCCUUUCCUUGUGAAUAACUUUAUUCCCUACAGUUCUGUAAAAUCUAAAUAAGUUACAAUAGCAAAAUUUGUUGUAAAAUAGUAGAAUUUAUAAUCAGGAUUGCUGUGCUGUCUAAAUGGCAUCAACUCCAAACUUGUGUUCUUGAGUUCAGUCCCCAGCAAAAAUAACACCAGCACCCCAGGUGGAAGGGAUUUGUUCACUUUAGAUGACAACUCAUUUAAGAGAAGGAAAACUUUGAAUUAAAAAACAGAGAUGAUGUCCCUUGGGUGUCUAGGGAAGCAGCUUAUCCUCCUUAAAAAAAUUUCAAGCUUUGUGAUUUCGUCCCUUGAAGUUUACACCAUCGUCACAUUGUGAUGUUCGGAUUCCACAAAUCUGGAUUACCAUUACAUUUUUUUUUUUGUUGUUAUUUUUUAAAUUUAAGGAAGGAGGAUUUUACAGUGCAGAGGAUGCAGAUUCUCUGCCCCUGAAAUCCUCACAGACCAAAAAGGAGGGGGCCUUCUGUGUGUGGAAGAAACAAGAACUUGACCUGCAUUUGUCUGAGAAAAUUCCUGGAAAAACCAAUGUGACACUGGCAGAGAUCUUCAAUCAUUUUUAUGGGGUUAAAGAAGACGGCAAUGUUGAUCCAUUGCAGGUAAUAUUUGCAAUGUGAUAUACAUUUUAAUAUUUUUUUUUAUACCAAUAUAAUAAAAUGAAGUGACUUGGUUAUGUGAAAUAAAAAAAAUGAAAAGGUUUUUGAACUAACUUUACUUUACUUUGUAAUGAAUAAAAAUAUGAAAUCAUCCCCAUCCUGUUCUCUUGAAGUCUAACACUUUUCUCCCAUUUUCCAUGAUCAUAAAAUAGUACUUCAAUCUUUAGGAUCCGCAUGAUGAACUGAAACAUCAAAAUAUCCUGAUCAUCAGCUCCACAACUGAAGAGACUGCCUCAAAGUUUGAUCUCUCACCAGAAGAUGUAGCGUUGGCCUUAGAAAGGAGUCGGAAAAUUCUAUAUGAAGCCAGACAAACACGUCCUAGGCCUCAUCUUGAUAAUAAAAUGGUGGCCGCAUGGAAUGGUAAAGUAUUGGUGUAUUCAAAAAUAUUCAUCUUGACCGUGUCCUUUUUAAUGAAAUGGAAGGUAUGGUGUUAUUUUGGAAAUAAAAAAAAAAGGUUAAGUAAUUAUGUGUCUAACCAAGAAAGAUAAAGCUGCUUACACACAAAAUCUAUGUGAAUUGGCUUGUGCAUUAAACAGAUUCAAAUAGAGAAAUUUAGUUAUAGAAAGUAUGAAUGAAUCAAACUCCUAAUGUUGUUAUUUUUAAUUAUUUGAUUUAUAACAUCAUCUACAUGAAGCAUUCAUUUUAGCUGUUAUUAUUAUGAUAAGGUGUCGUGUCCCUCCCCCCCCCCCCACCAAAACACAAACAAACACUUCAAUCUUAAUUUGUUAUUUUUAAUUAUUUGAUUUAUAACAUCAUCUAAAUUAAGCAUUCCUUUUAGCUGUUAUUAUUAUGAUAAGGUGUCGUGUCCCCCCCCCCCCCCCCACCAAAACACAAACAAACACUUCAAUCUUAAUCUUGAAGACUUCUUACAGGUCUGAUGAUCUCUGGAUUUGCCAGAGGAGGGCAGACCAUGAACAAGCCAGACCUGAUAGAGAGAGCAACACAAGCGGCCUCCUUCAUGAGACGGAACAUGGUUCUGUCAGACACACAGUCUCUGCUACGUAGUUGUUAUACAUCAGACAACCAGGAGGUCUCUCAAAUGUAAUUUGUAGGAAUUGGUUAUAUCAGCUAAAUUUGAAACCAUUUUUAUUCAAUUUCAAAAGUAAAUGCUAAAACAGCAGCAUUUUAACCUGUUCAUUUCAAAGGGUUCAUAUUAACUAGUUUUUUAAAUGGGCAUUUUCAUAUCUUCAUAUCAUAACAAAGCAUCUGGUUGGUUUUUAAAAGAACUGCUUAUAUGUAAAAUUGAUAUAACUAAUGUUGUCUCACUCCUUUUAGAGAUAAGUAGAAAUAAAAUCCAAAAAUUAUUUUGUUGUUUAGAGAUAUCCCUAUACAAGGCUUCGUAGAUGAUUAUGCUUAUGUAAUCCGAGGCCUGCUGGAUUUAUAUGAAGCUUGCUUUGAUGAUGAGUGGCUGGCUUGGGCUGAACAGCUUCAAAACAGACAGAAUCAGCUGUUCUGGGACAAUGAGAAUGGUGGCUUCUUCUCAAGUCCAGAGGGAGAUAACUCUAUUGUCCUCAGACUUAAAGAAGGUCUGACUGUUUUCGUUUCUGCUAUGGCUAUUUUUAUUUUUAACUGUUUGUGCUGCAUCCUAAAUCAGAUGGAUUUAUUAUUUAUUAGUAUUUUGACAUACAUUUUCAAAUUCAAUUCUAAAGGUUGGAAAUGUUUGUUAUUUUUUUAUGGUGGCAUCCGUCUGUCACAAAGUGACGAUGGAGUGGGCUUCGGAGGACGAAAUCCACAUAGCCUGGGGUUAUUCUACAAGGAUUAUAAGCUGGUUCCCAACAGCAAAUUGCCAGCUUGGCACCAGUGACGUCGCAGGAGUUGUCGGAAUGUUUCAUUGUACCAAUGUUAUCCGCCUUUCGGGACUCUACCUCUGGGUUUGAUUUCAGAGUUUUCUUCUCUUAGAUGAGUUGCCAUCCAAGGUUAACGAGUCCCAUCCACCCGGGUUGCUGGUGAUGUUUUUGCUUGAAUUGAACACCAGUCCACCAACUUGAGAUUUGCUCAGUUUAGACCACUCGGCCAGGCAGCACCCAAAUAGAAAUGUUAUUAGUUAAAAAAAAAAAAAACCUCAUCAAAGUUAAUAAACUUAAUAGAUCAAAUUGCGCCUUAAAAAAAAUCUAAACUUUUUCCUUGCACAGUACUCAAACUGUCAUCAUGGGCCUGUGCCAGGAUGUCAGCCAUAGAAAUGUACAUACUUGGAAUUGCAGUCACAUUGAAAAAUGAUGUUUAAAAAUGUAGUUUCAUAGUUUUCAAUGGCUUCACUAAUUGAUCAAGUAUAUUUCCAACACCAGAUCAAGAUGGUGCUGAGCCCAGCCCCAACUCUGUUUCAGCCAUGAACCUACAACGACUGGCCGCCAUGCUGGACAGGCCAGAGUGGACUGGGAUGGCCGAGAGAAUUUUUAAAGUUUUUUGUGAAAGGAUCGAGAAGGUGCCCAUGGCUGUACCAGAAUUAGUCUCAAGUCUCAUCUUUUACCACUCCAAAAAACAACAAGUAAAUAGUAGUUAUCUCUUGAACUCAGUUAUUCAUCUGUCAGUAUUAUGGCUAACACAAAUCUGUAUUUGAUGGAUGUACAUUUUUUAGUUUUAUAUAAUAUAAUUCAUUUGAUAGAAGACAGCGAUCUACCACUUAACUGAUGUGGCGUGAUUUAUUCUUUAAUUUAUUGCUUAGGAAUUGGCCAAUUGUGUGAUUUUAUUGUUUUAUUUCAACCCAUUGUCAGAAAAUCCCAGUGAUUGACCAACUUUGAUUUUAAUCAAUAGGUAAUUAUCAUUGGAGACAAGCAGAGUGAGGACACUAAGGCUUUAAUUCAAACAGUACACAAGUAUUACCUACCCAACAAGGUCUUGUUGGUCACUGAUGGACAGACGGAUGAGUUCUUGAAAGAAAGAUUAAGCCAGAUUACCUCAUAUAUCAAAGUAGAUAACAAGGCAACAGCUUAUGUUUGCCAGGAUUUUUCUUGUGCAUUGCCAGUUAACUCUUGUGAAGAGCUGGAAAAAAUCCUUCAGGCAUAACAACUCUGCCUUUUCUGUCUUUUCUAAAUGAUCAAUUGUUUCCUACUAGGAUGAUAUUACUCUUAAUCACUUUUGAAGUGUCACAGCUCCACAUGAUUUUUGUCUUGUAUUUAUUAAACAUGUUCAGUCUUUAGUUUAGUGAAGAUUAAUCGACAUACUUAACAGCACUCAAGCAAUAAAAUUUAAUCAGUAUAAAUUAACUUACAAAGUUUUCACUCAGUCAGUAGUUAAUUAAGUUCACCUAAAAAUAUUCAAAGAAGGAUGAUGAUUCAAAGGGAGACUAUAAAUAUGUUGAAGUGCAAGUUAUUUGUUUCUUUACAAACAGAAGUAUAUUUUAGAUAAGCAGAGAUUUUUUGUGAUGUACAGUACUUUUUACUAUUCAAUAAUUUAAUAAAUAUAAUAUUUUCAAAGUAUCUUUAAUUUCCUCUAACAUGCUGUACUUGGUUGUUUGUGUUUGUUUAAAACUAUUGGGCACAUCUCAACCUAGUAGAGUUCUUUGUCUUAUUAUUACUGUGGCCACAUAAUUCAUUUAUUAAUUUGUGAAAAAUACAUGAACUUAAUAGGGACAUCUUGGAUUGCUGGUGCUGAUGUCAACUGAAAAACAACAAUAACAAUUUUUUUAAAUGAAGUCUAUGAUAUAUUUUAUGUAAGAUCCUUUCUGUAAAACUGCUCAUACCAUCAUCCAAUAUUUGUGAAAGUACAGAUAUUUUAAUGAAACAGAAAUAUCUACCAAAGCUAGUUGAGGACGGGAUGUGUUUGAAUGGUCAAGACAUGAGACCUGUGCAUUAAGGUCCCUAAUUUCAAAUAUGCGUCAUGUCAUUCAAGUUUUCUGGCCUUGAACUCUGCCAGCUCUCUGCUAUCUGCGGGAUCAAUGGCGCUCAGUCAACUUUAAUAUGUUUCUAAUUGUGGACCUCUAUUAUUGCUAGUAGAUACUUAUUCCCAUUAACUCAGCUGAGAAAUCAUCCUGACCAUACUCAUGCAAUGUUGAGUAGUUAUUAACUAGAAGCAAUCAAUCUGGCAAUGGGUACAGGCCUACAAGCUUUAAAAAAAUGUUUGGCUGAACUGUUUACUGGUCAAAUAUCAUUUUCAUGUUCCAGUGAGAUGUUUACUGGUUGUAUAUCAAAGUCAUAUUGGAAUGAAUUAUUUACUGGUUUAUUAUUAAGUUCAUGUUCUAGUGAAAUUAUUACUGGCCAUAUAUCAAGUUCAUGUUCCAGUGAAUCAACGAAACACAAUUUGAGAAUGUACAAAUGACAUUUAAUUUCUAAGUUUUAAAGAAGUGCUAGAAGUUUUUGUGACAGUUCAUGUGCUUGUGGUAGGGGCUGGGGUAGGAGCUGGGGUGGGAGCUGGAGUGACAACUGUCAAAUAGUGAGGCAAGGUCUUCACAAACUGAUAGAGACCUUCACCCGGGUUGGAUGAUGUCCCUGAGAGAUCUCGUGGGGUCUGGAUGGUGUAAGAGCCGACCAGCUUGUUACUGCCGACGGCACAACUGAUCAUGUCAACUAAGCCAGUUUGUUGGAGGGUGGUUGGAGUUGUUCUUCCAUCAAAUAAACCAAUGACACAGAAUUCUGAUUGAAAUAAAU